GUUAAAAUGAUGAUUAUUCAAACUGUUGAUUAUUAUAAAUUACAAUUAUUCAUAUUGUUUAAAGAAGAGCAAAUUAACAUCUCACAAAGUAACAACCAAUAGUUAGCUCUUUGUUCACCUAUGCUUGCACACAAUGUAAAAUACACUCAAACUGAUAAUUUGAUGUUCAACCAUUUGGAAACUGGUGAUUUUGCAUGUGGCUCACCAGGUGAUGUUGGCAAUUUCUACUCGCUGGAAUUCUGGUUCCCAGGCUACUUUAAAAGCAAUUUCUUUACAAAGGGAACUGGGUGGAUUUAUGGAGCAAGCUGCCAGAGGAAGAUGUAGAGGCUGGUGCAAUUACAAUGUUUAAAAUACAUUCAGACAGGAAUAUGGAUGAAGAAGGUUGUGUGGGAUAUGGGUCAAAUGCAGGUCAAAGGGAUUAGCUCAGGUAGACAACUUGGUCAGCAUGCACAAGUUGGUCCAAAGUGCCCGUUUCCCUGCUGUAUAACUCUGAUUCAAUGAGUGCUUUGGGUAUUUUCUAAAUCCGCUGAAUUUGCUAAUGCCAAGGAGUAAAGACUGAUCAAUAUACUGGAUCACAAGCAGAAACAUCGUCCCUCCACAGAUGCUUGCUGAGCUCCUCCAGCACUUUGUGUUUUACUCAAGAUUCCAGCAUCUGCACUUUCUUAUUUCUGUUUUAACUUGUAUCACAUUCCACACAACUGAUUAAAAUCUCUUUUGCAACUAUAAGAUUAUGGAUCUCAUCACUCUGAAAUUUGUUCUCAGACAUGCAUUGGCUGAAUCAAUGGCUUCCAUCCGACUUCCUUACGUGAAAUAUAUCUGCCCUCAUGCACCAAAGAUGCCCGUGCAAUUGAAAAUUACAUCAAUGCCAUCAUGGUUUGACUUGACAGGAUUAAAUCCAGAUGAUACAGAAGAUGAAGCUGGUAUAAAGAAAGCUGCUGACUGCAUUAAAGCAAUUAUUGAACAUGAGAUCAAAAAUGGAAUUCCGUCGCACAGGAUCAUUCUCGGAGGAUUUUCACAAGGUGGUGCACUGUCCCUCUACACUGCUUUGACAUGUCAUCACAAGUUAGGUGGCGUUGUGGCUCUGAGUUGCUGGCUCCCUCUUCACAAAUCGUUCCCACAGGCAGCAGGUCGCAAUGUCAACAAGGAUAUCAGCAUCCUGCAGUGCCAUGGUGAGAUGGAUCCUGUGGUAAAAUUAAGAUUUGGUGUUAUGACUUCACAUAAGUUAAAGACAAUCAUCAAUCCAACAAACAUUAAGUUCAUAACAUAUUUAAUGCAGCAUUGCACAUGUAAAGAGGUGAGUAUUGCUGUAAUCUCUUUGGUGUAUUCAUAA